AAAGCUCAAAGUUUUAGGAGUAAACGACAACCCCCCUCUUCUCCUUCCCAACUACCAUUCAAAUAUCAAAGGUUGCUUCAACUGUACAUAUUUGUACACAUUUUUUCUUUUUAUGGCAGUGGAGAAAGAACAAGCAGAGCCUUCAGGGGAAUCCAAGCCUUCGGCUGAGACAGACAUGGGUCGGAGAGCUUCUAGCACUGCUCCAACCCCGUCAUGGUUCACGCCCAAGAGGCUGCUCAUUAUCUUUUGUGUUAUUAACUUGAUAAAUUAUGUGGAUCGAGGAACAAUAGCCAGCAAUGGUGUCAAUGGUAGUCAAGGAACUUGCACCAAAAGUGGUACAUGCACAGCUGGUACCGGAAUACAGGGGGAGUUUAACUUGAGCAAUUUUGAAGAUGGAGUUCUAUCAUCUGCUUUUAUGGUUGGACUUCUUGUGGCUUCCCCAAUAUUUGCAUCAUUGGCAAAGAGCGUGAAUCCAUUUAGGCUUAUUGGAGUGGGACUUUCAGUUUGGACUUUAGCUGUAAUUGGUUGCGGUUUUUCAUUUAAUUUCUGGUCCAUUACAAUCUGCCGCAUGCUGGUUGGUGUUGGUGAGGCUUCAUUUAUAAGUCUUGCAGCGCCAUUCAUUGAUGAUAAUGCCCCAGCUACUCAGAAAACAGCAUGGCUUGCAAUAUUCUACAUGUGUAUACCAACUGGAUAUGCACUUGGCUACGUUUAUGGUGGAUUGGUUGGAGAUUAUCUCAAUUGGCGUUAUGCAUUCUGGGUGGAGGCAAUUUUAAUGCUUCCCUUCGCAGUUCUAGGCUUUGUGAUGAAGCCUCUUCAAUUGAAAGGUUUUGCUCCAGCUGAAUCAAACAAAGCACUGGCAGAGGUAGAGACAGCUGCCUCGCAAGAUACAGAUGUUGCAGUUGGUAAUGGUGGAGCAGCAUCCACGAGAGAAGAGUUCAGGGAUAAGAGCUCAUAUAAACCCGCCAUGGUGAGUUUUGCAACCAAGAUUUGGAAUCAAUUUGCAAGAUUUUUGAAAGAUAUGCAAGUGCUUUUGCUUGAGAAGGUGUAUGUCGUUAAUGUUCUAGGUUACAUAGCAUACAACUUCGUUAUUGGUGCCUACUCAUAUUGGGGACCUAAGGCUGGUAAAAAUAUUUAUAAUAUGAGCAAUGCAGAUCUGAUUUUUGGAGGGAUUACAAUUGUCUGUGGAAUAUUGGGCACGUUAGCUGGAGGCUUUGUUCUUGAUUUUAUGAAUAACACCAUCUCCAAUGCUUUUAAGCUUCUUUCAGUGGCAACAUUUUUGGGAGCGGUAUUUUGCUUCAGUGCCUUUUGUUUCAAGAGCAUGUAUGUUUUCCUAGUUCUUUUUUCGGUUGGUGAACUACUUGUCUUUGCCACUCAGGGACCUGUAAAUUAUAUAUCUCUCCAUUGUGUUAAACCAAGUAUGAGGCCACUAUCUAUGGCUAUCUCUACUGUUUCAAUUCACAUCUUUGGAGAUGUUCCUUCCUCACCUCUUGUUGGAGUUCUCGAGGAUUAUCUGGACAACUGGAGGAAGACUGCUCUUAUUCUAACAGCGAUUUUGUUUCCAGCAGCUGGAAUAUGGUUUAUUGGAGUAUUUAUGCACAGCGUUGAUAGAUUUAAUGAAGAAAGUGAGCAUCAAGUCAUUGUGACAGACAGAUCAAACAGAACACCCUUGCUAGGAGGGAAGACAGCAGAAACAAUAGGAUCUUCAGCUGAACCUUAAGUUUUUUUGUUUUUGUUUUUUUUUUUUUAUGUUUAGGUAGCCCUCCACUUGAUGCAUUUUCUUUGUGUAAAUAAGGUUCCUACUUUAUAUUUCUCCCAGUUUUGGAGGAACAACUACGUUGAUUAGAGCCAAAGGUAAAGAAAUAUUUUCUCAA